AUGGCAACGACGACACCCGAUGCAAAGGCCAAACGGAGCAGUCACGGGGGGCACCGACAUUUAGGGAAGAAUCCACCGCGUCAGGGCAACACGCAGCGCCAGUCUAGCGGGAUGCGUAGCGGACCUGCGUUGGCCGCGCGCAAAGGUGCUGUCACGCCUAUCAACAACAAACACAAAAGGGCGGAAGCGACGCAAGAUGGGGAGCGAUACGUUGUUGUUAUCACAAAUGUUGAAAACGAUUUUGCAAAGGUACACCAGGAGGCUGUACCACGAUACUGCUGCCUGAACGAGCAGCAUUUUCAUGGCUUGCAGCAGCGGCCAUCGUCGUCGACUGUGAAGAACGCAGAUGGGGUGACAUCAUCCCCACUGGGAAAGGGACAGAAGAGACGACAGUGCCGCUACACCGUCAGUGCCCGCACGGAGACCCGAUCCGUCGAGGUCGCCGUGUACGGAAAGGCAGACGGUGAUGUCGCAAGCGUGUACUUGCCAAGUCGUAGCGGCAUGCGCGAGAGCAAACAUUCCUACCAAACGAAAGAAGAAGAGAAGGCAGUGACGCCGAUGACACUGGAAGGUGAGGAAGAAGGCGAUGGUGGCACGCUGGUUGAGUGUGUGAACCCCCCUCUAGGCAAUGAGACUGUCUUUGCCUCAUUGGAGGAUAUGGUCAUGGCGCUUCGGCACGCGCCGUACUUUACGCACCCCCCAAAGUUUCUCCUCACUGUAGCCGGCAAGAAAGAGGGUGAGGUGCUGCGGCAAGUAAAGUCGCGUAAACGGCAACGGGACGAUACCGCUUAUGAGAAAAAGGAGCAAAAGCAGCAACAUGGAGACCCAUCCUCUGGUGAUGCCAACGACUCGCACACACUCCUCCAAUCAACCGUGCGUCAGGCCGACAUGGUCACUGCCGUAGCGACGACGUCGGCGCGCAUGCACACAAAAGAACUUCGCCAUCAGUUAAAGGAUAUCCCUGGGUUCGUAACGUGCUGGAUGCUGUACCCGCAGCAUUUUCGUGUGGUGUUUGCAUCAAAAAUGACUCUAUUCAGAGCGAAGGAGCUUCUUGACCAGUUUGAGGUGGACGGUCAUGUGCGGGUGUCGCUCACACUUUCAGAUGCUGUUGCAAAGGAGUUUGCGGACCACCUGGCCACGGUGGAAAACACGGCUUGA